GCCCCCAGCUCGGGGCCCCGAGAUUCCAGACCCGGCCCCGCGAGGGGCGCCCCGAGCGCGGCCCCGAGAUCCCCGCCCAGGACCCGAGGGAAGUGAUCUCGUAAACAUCUUGUUCAAAUUUGGGCCACCUGCAUGCUGAGGGCCACUUCCCAGCCUGCUCCCAGAUGGCCUGGCCUACUCGCCACUGGGACCUGACCAAAGAAAUCACUGCCCACCCCCAUGAUCCAGGAGGACUAAAUGAAGUCUUGAGUACCAAGUGCUCUGGCAUGGCCGGCAGCCGGAUGCCCGGGCCCAUUGGGUGGGCCGGCGGCCGCCUGCGGGAUGAGCAGACUGCUGGGGGGGACGCUGGAGCGCGUGUGCAAGGCCGUGCUCCUUCUCUGCCUGCUGCACUUUCUCGUGGCCGUCAUCCUCUACUUUGACGUCUACGCCCAGCACUUGGCCUUCUUCAGCCGCUUCAGUGCACGCGGCCCCUCCCGCGCCCUCCACCCAGCUGCCAGCAGCAGCACCAACUGCUCUCGGCCAAACGCCACUGCCCCCAGCUCCGGGCUCCCCGAGGCUCCCAGCGCCCGGCCCGGCCCCACGGCUCCUGUCCUGCCACCCUGUCCUGACUCGCCGCCUGGCCUUGUGGGCCGACUGCUGAUUGAGUUCACCUCACCCAUGCCCCUGGAGCGGGUGCAGAGGGAGAACCCAGGUGUCCUCCUCGGUGGCCGCUAUACGCCGCCUGACUGCACCCCAGCCCAGACGGUGGCAGUCAUCAUCCCCUUCCGACACCGGGAACACCACCUACGCUACUGGCUCCACUACCUGCAUCCCAUCCUCAGGCGACAGCGACUACGCUAUGGCAUCUACGUCAUCAACCAGCACGGUGAGGACACCUUCAACCGGGCCAAGCUGCUCAACGUGGGUUUCCUAGAGGCACUCAAGGAGGACUCCACCUACAACUGCUUCAUCUUCAGUGACGUGGACCUGGUCCCCAUGGAUGACCGCAACCUGUACCGCUGUGGUGACCAGCCCCGCCACUUCGCCAUUGCCAUGGACAAAUUUGGCUUCCGGCUGCCCUAUGCUGGCUACUUCGGAGGUGUGUCGGGCCUGAAUAAAUCCCAGUUCCUGAGAAUCAAUGGCUUCCCCAACGAGUACUGGGGUUGGGGUGGUGAGGAUGACGACAUCUUCAACCGGAUCUCCCUGGCUGGGAUGAAGAUCUCGCGUCCAGACAUCCGCAUAGGCCGCUACCGAAUGAUCAAGCACGACCGGGACAAGCAUAAUGAGCCCAACCCUCAAAGGUUUACCAAGAUUCAAAACACGAAGCUGACCAUGAAGCGGGACGGCAUCGGGUCAGUGCGGUACCAGGUCUUAGAGGUGUCUCGGCAACCACUCUUCACCAAUAUCACAGUGGACAUUGGGCGGCCCCCUUCGUGGCCUCCUCGGGGAUGACACCAGUGGACAAAGGCUCCCAGUGCCAAGGAUUGCCUGUCAGAGGACUGACCUACAGCCUGGCUGGCAGCUGCUCUGUGGUGGAUCCCCCAGGACUGAGACUGUGGGCUCUGUUUCCUGAGGGUCUUCAGUAGGCACCCCCCAGCUGCACUUGGAAGUUUCAGAACCUACUUUGGGGGAGCUUCCAUCCUGGGCAGGCCCCUCAAGGGUGGCCGUCUCUGGGGUCAACCCCUCCUGCUCCUCCUUCCCCAGUUCAGCCCCCCUCACUGUCAGGGUUGGGUCAGCCCCUGCACUGCCUCGCCGAGUGGCCUGGGCCAGGUCACUCCACCUCUCUGUGCCUCAGUUUCCCCCCCCCCUUGAGUCCCCUAGGGCCUAGAAGAGUGGGAGGUAUGACUAGGGGGCAAUGUUGCUUCCAGGGGGAAUUCUCAGACCUGAGGAUCCCCCACACUCCCAGGGGAGGGGAAACCUUUUUCACUCAACAUUGUAGGGGGCAAACUCUGGGGCACCCCCUGCUGAGGAGCAGCCCCAGGAGGGGACCAGAAGGGGUGCUGUGUUGCUGCCUGGGAUCUUGGGGUUGGGCUUUGCAUGGGGGCGGAUAGGGCUUGGAUCAGUUGGGUUCCAGCCCCACCCCGUCUCUCAGAGGGAAGGCAGUAGCCCCAGGGCCGGCUCGUGUUUGUACAUUGCACAGAAACUUGUGUGGGUGCUUUAGUAAAAAACGUGAAUGGAGAA